AACCAGCCAGGUUUGAAGACCAGACCACAGAUAUAGUACAAAGGUAAAGUAUUUGGAGUCAGUAGGUCUGGAUUUAAAUCUUGGUCCUUUCACUUUUAAAUCUUAGGAACUUGGGCAAAAGAAUUAAAGUUCUACUUUGGUGUUUUUGAAGUGAGACCACUUACAAGGUGGAUGUUCCUAGUAAUUCCUUGUUGUCAGCCUACAAUCAGAUGAAGAAAACUGAUCUGAUUAUCAUGGACCUGCGACAGUUUCUUACAUGCCUGUCCCUGUGCACAGCCUUUGCCUUGAGCAAGCCCACGGAAAAGAAGGACCGUGUACACCAUGAGCCUCAGCUCAGUGACAAAGUUCACAAUGAUGCUCAGAGUUUUGAUUAUGACCAUGAUGCCUUCUUGGGUGCUGAAGAAGCAAAAACCUUUGAUCAGCUGACACCAGAAGAGAGCAAGGAAAGACUUGGAAAGAUUGUAAGUAAAAUAGAUGGCGACAAGGACGGGUUUGUCACUGUGGAUGAGCUCAAAGACUGGAUUAAAUUUGCACAAAAGCGCUGGAUUUACGAGGAUGUAGAGCGACAGUGGAAGGGGCAUGACCUCAAUGAGGACGGCCUCGUUUCCUGGGAAGAGUAUAAAAAUGCCACCUACGGCUACGUUUUAGAUGAUCCAGACCCUGAUGAUGGAUUUAACUAUAAACAGAUGAUGGUUAGAGAUGAGCGGAGGUUUAAAAUGGCAGACAAGGAUGGAGACCUCAUUGCCACAAAGGAGGAAUUCACAGCUUUCCUGCACCCUGAGGAGUAUGACUACAUGAAGGAUAUAGUGGUACAGGAAACAAUGGAAGAUAUAGAUAAGAAUGCUGAUGGUUUCAUUGAUCUGGAGGAGUAUAUUGGUGACAUGUACAGCCAUGAUGGAAAUGCUGAUGAGCCAGAAUGGGUAAAGACUGAGAGAGAACAGUUUGUUGAGUUUCGAGAUAAGAACCGAGAUGGGAAGAUGGAUAAGGAAGAGACCAAAGACUGGAUCCUUCCCUCAGACUAUGAUCAUGCAGAGGCAGAAGCCAGGCACCUAGUCUACGAAUCCGACCAAAACAAGGAUGGCAAGCUUACCAAGGAGGAGAUUGUUGACAAGUAUGAUUUAUUUGUGGGUAGCCAGGCCACAGAUUUUGGUGAGGCCUUAGUACGACAUGACGAGUUCUGAGCUGCAGACAGAGGAACCUACAUUUCUUCAAAAGUAAUUUAUUUUUACAGCUUCUGGUUUCACAUGAAAUUGUUUGCGCUACUGAGACUGUUAUUACAAACUUUUUAAGACAUGAAAAGCUGUCUUAAAAAUCCCGUCCCCAUUCCUCCUCCUCUCUGAGGGACUGGAGGGAAACUGUGCUUCUGAGGAAAAACUCUAAUUAGUACACUUGUGUUUGUAGAUUUACACUUUGUAUUAUGUAUAACAUGUGUGUUUAUUUUUGUAUUUGUUCUCUGGUUGGGAGUAUGAUAUGAAGGAUCAAGAUCCUCAGCUCACACUUUGUAGGCAAACGUUAGCCCUUCACUCUGUCUCAACCCUUAUCAUAUAAUUUUUAUAAUUCUGAGUUAAUUAAUUUUAAGCCUGAGAUCAAUAAGAAAUGUUCAAGAGAGAGAAGAGGGAAGAAAUAGUCCCCACAAUUUAUAUUUAGAGAGAUAACACUUAAACUUGCCUAUUGAAAAGUAUCCUGCAUAAGUAGGAGGGGCCGAAUAUUUCAUUCAGCUGCUCCAGGUCCAGGUCCUGGCAUUGUCUGGGCAAGGACCGAUCCCUGUGCUGUAAGAAAGCUUGGCUCAACUUGAUUUCAUUCAUUCUUUUUUUUCCUUCCCUGUAAGACUAGCUGUUUGCUAAUUUUGUCAAGCACAGCUGUGGUGGGAAGAGUUGGGGCCACUGUCUUGAAAAUCAGUCAAGUACUGAGUGUGAUCUCUUUACAGAGCUAUACAUAGAAACAGCUGGAAAACUAAAGGAAAAAUACAAGUGUUUUUAGGGCACAUGCUUUUUUCUGGGUAUGCAUCUAUUGAAGUGCUCAAGACUGUCUUGCCUAUUGAAUCACUGUAAGUGCCCCCAUUCAGCUCCUAUUUCCCCAGGUGUUCCAAGGAAUUAAUCUGCACUGCAGUUAAAAUGUACUCCUUUCCAGUCAUGUCAUUGAAAGUGCCUUUAAUGAGAGAAAUGAUCACUGAAUGAGGAUUCUCUUAAGAAACUCGAAGAUAAAAUAAAGAGAAGAUUUUUUGGACCACCUUAAAUGAAAGCUUAGAACCUCCUAGUGUGGUGGGAUUUUUUUCUUUCCUUUCUCCUUUGGAUGGUGGUUAAAUAGCAGUAUUAGUUAGGGGCUUGGUUGCAGUGUUCUUAUCUUGUGGGCUGGUUUCCAAAAACCACAUGCUGCUGAAUUUACCAGGGAUCCUCGUACCUCAGAAUGCUAACCACUUACUACCAGGCCUGUUUCUGUGUCAGCUGGAGAGCUUGAGCUAAGACUCAAAGAUGAGAGGGCUCUUUUGUUUGAGGACCAUCGCUCACCCUUCCUGCCUUCGACCCAUCACUCCCUAUGUUCCUGUCUCCCCACUGCCAAAAAAAAGUUUAUCGUGAAUCAACAUGGCCAAUCCUGAUCAAAGAGAGGGACAUUGUAGAAGGAGCUGAAGAAACCACCUCUGUUCCCAACUCACUUUACCUAUAUUUUGCGUAACAGGAAACUGUCCUUUUUGGUCCCUUUCAUACAGAUGGACCUCUUUUGAGAAGAAUUAUUAUAUUCCAAGUUUUUAGCCCUCAGGAUACUAAGACAAAUAUAUAUAUAUAUAUAUCCGUUAUUAUUUCAUAUAUCUUUCUGGAUAAUACAUUCAGGUGGUGCUGGGUGAUUAUUAUAAUCUGAACCUAGGUGUAUCCUUUGGUCUUCCACAAUCACGUUGAGGUGGGCUACUUGGCCUGGUAAAAAGCCGGAUAUCGUGUAACUCCACCCCAGCCUUUGCAUUGAGCUCUUGAGAGUGGAUACAUUCUUUUACCCCCAGUAUAAGGGAGUGGAAAUUCUCUGCCUUCCAGAUUCCCCAUUUUUAUUGUUAAGAAGAUCAGGGAUAAUUAAUAAUGCCCACCAACCCUGGCUUGGAGAGGGCACAUCAUGAAUUGUGUGGCAGGAGAUCCUCAUAGGUCACUAGGUACAGAGAACCCAGGCCUUAUGUUAAAGUCACGCACCUAGAAAGCAAACUUCCAUCUGCUAAGACAGCAACUUCUGGAUGCUGGGUGCUCAUCAGUAAGCAUUGUACUCUAAUCUCUAAUGAUCCCCCUGGAUUUUUUUUUUUUCUUUUGGUUUAAAUCAAGCCUGAGGCUGGUGAACAGUAGCUGCACACCCACAUUGUGUGUUCUGUGAAUGCUAGCUCUCUUGAAUUUGGAUAUUGGUUAUUUUUUAUAGAGUGUAAACCCAGUUUUAUAUUCUAUAAUGCAAACAGGUACCUAUCUGUUUCUAAAUAAAACUGUUUACAUUCA